AAAUAAAAACUGUAUAAUAUUUAUUUUGUUUUCUCGUCCAUUUUCUUUCAAAGUAUAAUUUAUGCCGGUAUUCAUAGUUCGUAAGACAAAAGAUCGGAUGAUGAAUACCGGCCUUAGUUUACAAAUUUGCAAUUAAUUUUUCCUAAAUUUACUUGGGCGAUAAGUUUGAUCGAAAUCGGUGAGAUCGGCCCGGCGAACCACCGGACUCCUAUUGGCGAACGUCAGCGACACCUCCGAUCGCGAUCCAAAGCUGCGGCAGCAGCAGCUGCUGCUGGUCCCACACGUGACAUCUUUGGACGAGACGGCGUGCCUUCUAGAUCCGCGCGCUUUACAUGCCCCGUGGCCAGUGCAACAGCGACUGAUUUUCAGAAUGGCGACUGUCUUCACCUAGGAGGGUUACUGGUUCUGCACGCUCGCCCGUGACACUCCGUGUGACUGACGCGUGUCCGUGUGGCCUUCUAUGCCAGAACGUGACACGGGACGCGCCGAGAAUGAUAAUCGACAAUCCGGACCAGUUCAAGGCGUGGCUCACCGCCGUGCUGGAGCCGCUUUGCGACGCAGAUCCUGCUGCUUUAGCCAAAUAUGUCUACGCACUGGUCAAGAAGGACAAAACUUUGGAAGAACUACGAGGUGGUAUGGUUGAGCAAUUGGAUGUAUUUUUGCAGCAAGAAACCAAAAACUUUGUGGAAUUGCUCUUCAAGACACUGGAGACACAAGAGUAUGUGUUCCCACCACCUAAGAGUGAUCCAGAUGGAGGUGGAACACCACCUCCCAGUGUAAAUCUACCGCCCGCAAAUGUAUCUUUAUCAACGGAGAAAGCAAUAGAGUCAACAAAUCCACUAGGACCUAUGGUUCCAAAUCCCCCUGUUCAACUUCAAAUCAAUGGAUCUGCUCCUGCUGUAAUUAGUAAACGCGAGACUAGGAAAUCUGAUUCAGAUAAGGAUAAAGAAAAGGAAAAACGAUCUCGAAGCAGGAGUGGGAGAAUGAGAUCGAGAACACGAUCACGAUCACGAUCGUGGGAAAGGGACAGACGUAGAUCCAGAAGUAGAGAACACAUCCGACGUGAUAGAGAAAGAGAUAGAAGUCGCCCAUGGCGAAACGAAUCUCCACCGAUCAGUAUCAGACGACAUGAUCGCCGACGUACCAGGAGUCGCAGUACAUCACCAAUACGGUCUAGAAUACGCGACGGUCCAGACAAUCGCGAUCAUCGAGCGAGGUUUCGGAACAGAUCUCCGACGCCGCUUCGAUCCCGAUCGCGUUCAAGAUCACUAGAACGGAAGAAGAGUGAUCGCUUCGAGAGGAUAGAGGUAGAUAGAAUCGAUCGAAUCGAGGGAAGUCCUGGUGGUGGUACGCCGACCCAAGAUAGUAAUCACGGGGAUGUAGACAUGAGGCUGUCUACGACUAGUCAAUCGAUACAAAGUGUUGUCGCCGUUGCGAGUAGUAUUCCAAAUAAUCAGACAAGUUCUUUUCAACAACAGACAAAGAGACGUUGCAGAGAUUUCGACGAAAAGGGAUAUUGUAUGAGGGGAGAUCUUUGUCCUUACGAUCACGGUACGGACCCAGUUAUAUUGGAAGAUGUAGCACUUAGUCGUGUUUUGAGUUUCGGACCUCAUGGUGCUCAGGGUCCAGGAACAGUUCCAGUGGCCGCGGUAUCAGAACCACCGCAGGGUCCUAAUGGUAACCCACCACCACCACAUCUUCCUCUUACUACUUUACCACCUCCUCAUUUAAGAAACCAUCAUUCGAAUAUGGAUGCCUUUGCAGAGUAUAAUCCUGACGCACCUAGUAUGGAACCACGAAUGCCAUGGAAUAGACACCCGCAACCCACGUCCGGUAUUUACGGCAGGGGGCAAAGAGAACUGAUCAGUGUGCCGGUUAUUCCCCACACAAAUUCAUCGGAAAUAACCCAUACCCAGAGCAACAAUCCGUUAAAACGUAAACAAACGUUCGACUUUAAUCGUCUGGGACCGAAACAGAGAGUGAUGCAUAAUCCGGCCAAUUGUUCUCUCGAACUGAAAAAGGUUCCGCGUAGCUUAAACAAUAUAACUCAAUUGAAUAAUCACUUUUCCAAAUUUGGUAAAAUUGUAAAUAUCCAAGUUAAUUUUGGCGGUGAUCCUGAGGCGGCGUUGGUUACUUUCCAACUGCCAGCAGAAGCAAAGUCUGCUUACAGAAGCACAGAGGCUGUGUUAAAUAAUAGAUUUAUUAAAGUAUUUUGGCAUAAUAACGUCAAUAAUAAUGCGGCUGGUGGAGCUAUUGAAAAUGUGCCACCAGGAUGCCGUCCCUCUGUGAAGGAAAGACUAGGCGCCGCAGUAACUUUACCGACAAAAACUGAAGAUAACGAGUACGUUCCCACGCGUCGUUCGACCGAGGAACAAAUCACGCAAACUUUAGUUCCAACUUCACCUAAAGCUGUCGUUGUUCCUACUCGAGAAGACAAGGUUCUCGCGAUAAAGAAAACGCAAGAGAUAUUAGCGGCUAAGGAGACGCUGAAGAAGAAACAAGAGGAGAAGCGUAAGGAGGCGAUAAAGCUGACCGCUGAUCUGCGCAAAAGGAAACAAGAGCUGCUAGAUAAGCAUCUGAUCGAAUUGCGCGUCCUCAUUGAUAAGGCUGAAAAGAAUCCGGAGCAAAAAGAGUCGAUUAUGUUAACGAUAAAGAACGUGCAGCAGACAGUCGAUAAUUUGCGUAAAGAUUUGGCUGCAAAUGGUCAGAUUGGCGGUAACAAGUCACAGGUAAAGUCCAGGGAACAGGCACAGAAGGAAAUAUUGGACGCUGAGUUAGAUUUAAUGACCGCACAGCAAGAGGGUCAAGACGCUGGCGAGCUACAGAAGAGAUUGAAUGAACUUCGGGCCCAAGCGGCUGCAUUGGGUUUAAACACAAAUCCCAGCGUGGGUAGAGGCGCAAAGGUCAGUCGGGUGGCACGCGGCACUCAUUUGGUGUCUUUCAGAGGCCGCGGCAGAGGGAGUUUCGCCCAUGUCUCGGUGGAUCACCGGCCAACAAGCCUUCUAGUUUCUGGCUACGAAACUGAAGAAAAGGCAGAAGUCCUAGCGCACUUUCAGCAAUUUGGUGAAAUAGUGAAUCAAAUAGUUGAUGAUGCGACUCCCUCGAUCGUGAUUAAUUUCAAAUCGAGAAAGGAGGCUGAGGUAGCUCUUGUGAAAGGACGCACAUUUCAAGACAGACUGUUAUCGAUAACUUGGGUAUCCGGCCAUCAUCUACAUCGUGGAGGAGCUGGUACUAACUCGAGUACAUCUAUACAACUCUCGUCGCGUUCUGAACAGAAUGCAUCUGCUGUAGAUGAAGAUAUCGAUUUAGAGGGCACGGAAGCGUUGCUUUUAGAGGAGAACGAGGAGGAAGAAGACGAGGAUGGUGAAUCGCGUAGCUGGCGGCGAUAGCAGCAUCAGCGUCAGAGUCAACGUCGUUUGUGACAGGAGCUUGGUGUCAAAUGUAAUGACAGCGUGAUCAUCCAGGCCGAUCGUACGCGACCUGGCACUUACGCCUACAUCGCCGCACCGCCGUUUGACGCAUUCAUUGCCAUGAUUUUCACGAAGAAAUCGAAUUGCAUCAUGCUCAUCAGCGUUAUCAUGAGUGUUACACUAUUUGUUAAUAUUAUUAAAUAUACUAUACACACAUGCGCACCAGUGACGGUAUGACAUACCAUUUUAAGUGACGCAUCACAAAUAGAGAAAGAAAAAAGAAAGGAGAAAAAUGAAUCAACAUACAAAGAACAACAGGAAUAGCUAACCAAAAUUUAUCCCUAUUAUUAUUAUUAUUUGUAGAAUAAAAUCGCUAUGUUUUGUAUGGGAAAAACAAAAAGAAA